AUGUCUGGACGUUCAGCUUAUGUCAGGAAGGUGAAAGUGGAUAAAAAUAACAAGGCAGGAUACGACUACCUGAAUAAAGAUGACACACUCAAAGGCAAAGAGCACACGCCUUCGAUCAAGUCAGAUCCAUCAAUUUCAGAAUUUCCUCGAGUAGAAAAUGGUGUCCCAUCGAAUUUCGCAGAUCAUCCUGAUUUUAUGAGAUCAGAUGAAGGUUCAUCAAGAUCAAUCCACAGUGGUCACUAUGAUGCCGAAUACAAUCCCGGAUACGCUCGAAUCAGAAGACCUGAAAUGCCAGUGAUCGAAACAUCUGGAAUCGAAAAAUCAGCUUUUCGUUCGAAGAUGGAGAAGAGCAGUGAGAACUUCCGUCAUAAUUUCGCAAACGUCUUUAAGAAGAAGAAAGGCAAGGAAGAACUGCACGAAACCCCGCCUGCAACACCAAUUGGAGAAGACAAGCAUGAAUUGCCGGCGGAAGAGAUGCAGUAUACAAAUCAACAACCUACUAGCGCCUCAGGGCAGACCCCACGCUAUGCAAACCAGCCACCCCCAAAACGACUAGGAACCUCCAGAGGAGAAGCCCCACCAUUCCCAGCAAAGAUGAAGUUAUGGAGACGAAAAGGUCAGCCCAUUGUAUUGUGGGACAAGGUUGAUGUCAGAGAUCCAGACCUUUGGGACCCAAAGGGGGAUGUUCUAGUGUUCUAUGCUAAAGAGGCAGGAGACACUGAGAUGUCACAACCUGCUUUUAGACUGGGAUCUCAUAUGAUUGAAUCGAUUGGAUCACCUAUAGUAGACGCGUUACUACGUGAUGGCCUUACGGACGACAUGGAUACCAUGAGCAUUGCCGAUUCUUACCGACAUGGUUCCCAGCGAUCUAGACAUCCGACUCCUCCCGGCUCCGAAUCUAGCAAAAGUUUCGACGCUUCCCAAAUCUCGUACAGAUUUACAUUACCAACUGCUGGAAAUAUUCUGGGACAGGAACUGCUUAGAUACAAGCUGUCUUGGAGAAAUGUCUUUGCGGUAUGCUCUGGUAAAGGAAUCGUUGGAUACACUUUACACCAAGCAAUCACCGAUUUGCAUGAGCGUUUCCAGGACAUUAUGCCUCGGCAUCAAAGUCUGACUUAUAUUCCUGUUAACUACACCGAAGCAAUGGGCUGGCAUGAUGUUCGUGACGAUCCGGAGUCGGCUUGCAGCAUGUUGAUUUGGAGUGAACACAAGAAAAUUCACUGGCAACAAGGAUGGCAUGAAGCGUUUGUGCACUGUGCUGGUAUGUACAAUGAUGUCGCUUUGCUACCCAGCUGGAAGAAUGUUUCCCCAGCUACAAAGUUGAUGCUCGAAAUAGCUAGUGUUGAAACAUCAACCCAAGUUGCGUAUUGUGAGGAAUUAUUGGUCGGUUUUGACUAUGGGUCUUAUUGGCCGGAGGCUUCAAAUCAUCAUAGCAUAAGCUCUCGUGAGGCUUUUGUUAGACUCCAAGAGUUUUUCCGCGACUAUUACUCGGAUAUGUUUGGAACAUGGCCUCCUAUGCCACCGGCUUUUAAAAAUGUUGAUGGCUGGCUUACCAGGCUUGUCGUCAGAACUUUAGCAGUGGAUUUCUAUGCGCUCUAUGAUUAUUUAGUUGAUCGACAGGUUAUUUGGAAUGGUUUGAUGGAGAUGAACAGUCACAGAUCCAAUAUUGUUCGUCCUGGUUCCCCCGAAUUCCGUCCUAAUAGCCAUGACUGCGAAUUCACCAAUUUAAUUGAGCGAUUUGACAGUCAUCACAACUUUCCGUCUAUUCCUCAUCCUUAUCCUCGAUUACCACAAUCUUGUCCUCCUACCCAAGGAAGAAGUACACAGUUAGAAGCUAGAAAGUCCGCUCUAGCGUAUACGGAGGCAACGAACAUUUUUCUCCUUGGAGACGAAUACGAGGGUAACGAUAUGGUAGAGGCGUAUAUGCAUUGGGAGAAGACAGAUAGAAUUGGUGAAUGUGAUCCAAGAAGCGCACGUCGAGCUCGCUGGGUUCUCGUUUAUUUUAUCUUGCAAACUCUGUCAUCACUCGUGGUCGACAAGCCGGGAUUACUCCAUACCGAAGGAGUCGAAUACUUCUUGUCGGGUAAAGUAGAGCAACAACCUUCAUGGAUUGAAGAUCAAUCACUUAGACAACAAGCUGAACACAAUCGAAGCCAUUGCUGGACCAUAUCCUCGAUAUGGCAAAAACAAGUACAUGUUGAAAAUGGACCCCAUUCUGUACCAGAGAGACUUGAACCAAAUACUACUGGCAGAUCCAUGUCCUCAGUUUCUAGCUAUGAGAGCAUGGCUAGAACAACCACUUUUUCCGAGGCCGAAACUGCUAAUGAUUUGGAUACCGCUCGUACCUCCACUGCUGCAUCGAUCGCUGAUAGCGAAUCAAGCUUCGUGACUAUGCAACCAGCAGAACACUUAAGUAUUCGCACGAGAGAUCUAUCCCUCAAGACCGCGCAAUCGCCAUCAUCGAAAACUGUGUCACUUUUCCCCGCUCCUCCAAGACAACCCAUCGAACCACAAUAUUCAUCAAAGUCAUCCGAAAAAUACUAUUCCCCGACCAAUCAGCCACCAUCUCAACCUCCCAAAUCACCUCUUCCUCAAACUCCCUCCUAUGUAUCCACACCCCGAAAUCCCCAAAAUCCAAACCGCACCGUGCCGACAUACCAAUCAACACGCAUCCGACCAUCUCCUUACCAAACAUCUUCCUAUCCAGUUCCUCCCCCAGGCCACGACGGAGAAAUAAUGGGUCUAAGAAUCCACAAAAGUGCCUCUUCUACACCUUUUUCUUCCCCCACUCUUUCCUCCCCUUACCCAAAUACUCUCUCCCAACGAAGUAACUCCGGAUAUGGACCCGGUAUUGAAAAACUCGACGAACCUAUUUGGCCGAGUGUAAGAACACAUGAGAAUGGUAGUCCUAUAGAGGGAAACUUGAAGGGUCAUCAGAAACGGAGAAAUGUUCAACUUCAUGGUCAGCAGAUCGUGCAUAUUAGAGAUUUUGAUGAACUUAUGUAG